AUGGGCGACCAACAAGGAGAAGCUUUCUCUUAUGCCGAUUUAAUCGCCCAAAUCUCAGCUGUCGUCGCGGUUGUCUGGUACGUCGUUAUCUGGUUAAUUGGCAUACUUGGCCAUGUCCGAAUACGGACGGGAGUAACUCGGAAGCUGGUGCCCGGAAGCCCGAGAGCAGAAGCUGUAUCCGCUACCCUCGACCAAUCCAAGGCACCUGGUGUAACAGUGAUCCGACCGAUCAAAUCCCCUGGCAAAUUCCAAACCGAACCACACCUAAUCGAAUGUCUCCUUACUACGGUCCGACAGAGGUACCCUCGUUUCGAGCUUAUACUCACCGUUGCCGACGUGGAUGAUCCUGCCAUCCCUGGAAUCCACCAAUUGAUUCGCGACCACCCGGACCAAGAUGUCAGCUUGAUUAUCGGCGACGAGAAGAUCGGGAUUAAUCCUAAGAUUAACAAUCUUGUCAGGGGCUGGCGAAAAGCGAAAUACGAUAUUAUCUGGAUUGUUGACUGUAAUGUCUGGUUGGACCAUGGUGCUAUGGGGAGGACUGUCGAUGUCCUGCUCGGCCAUCCCUGGGACAAGGAACCUCAUAAACCAUCCCGACGUCCUGCGAAGGUUGUACAUCACUUACCGAUAUGUGUGAAUACGACCGGAACCGACGAAGCUUUGAUACCCUGGACCGGCCGAUUCGAUAGACUCGGAUGCGCGUUGGAGGAGGCAUUCCUGUCGAGCUCACACGCUAAAUUCUACGUCGGAAUUAAUACCGUCGCCAUCGCCCCUUGCAUGAUCGGUAAAAGCAACAUGUUCCGAAAAUCGCACCUUAUGGAGCUUUGUCCUAAAACCCCAUACAGCGAAGGCGGUAUUGCGUGCUUCUCAACAAAACUGUGCGAGGACCACUUGAUUGCAGAGCACCUUUGGAAAUAUAGCGUUAAAGACGAUAUCAAGUACAACAACGAAAACAAUACAAGUACCGGUCUGAUCAAGCAUCAGCUGUUGAACGAACCGUGUUUCCAACCUAUGAACGAUAUGUCGCUUUAUGAAUACUGGACACGUCGUAGCCGUUGGUUGACGGUGCGAAAGUUCUCAGUUCUAGGGGCAGCGCUUGUGGAGCCGGGGACGGAGUGCUUUCUGGGGUCGUAUCUCGGUGGGGUCGGGCUAAAAUACUUGGAUCUGCUGCCCGUGGGGUGGACGGUCGGCCAAUUCUGGCUGGCAAGUGUGGCGGCCUGGUGUCUAUCGGACUGGUUCCUGUACCAAGAUAUUCACAGAUACGCGACUGUCGACAAGGAAGACCCGAAUUGUCCCGUCUGGCUGAAAAUUGGUCGGAAACGAAGCAUUUUCACAUGGUUUUUGCAGUGGUUCGGACGAGAGGCACUUGCUCUACCGAUUUGGUUUAAUGGCAUGUUGCGCGGGGAUGUGAACUGGCGCGGGAACGAGUUUUCUGUUACAGCGAGCGGAGUAAGGCAAGGAACUCUAUGA